AUGGCAAACAAUAAUCAUCAAAUAUAUAAUGAUCAUGGAAGUUAUACUCCUUAUUUUGAAAAGAAAUUGAUUGAAGAAAAACGUGAAGAUGGCUAUUGGAUUGAAGCAUUUCAAUUUGAUAAUCAAAGUCCUAUUGGUUUAGUAGCUUAUGGAUUGAGUAAAGGACAAGUCAAUUUUUAUCUAAAUCCAUGCACAAUUGUUGAAACAAGAAAAGUAAUUCCUAUUCAAAAGUUAGCAGGUCCUGUAGCCAUGGACCAAGCUGAUAUCACAGGCAAUGGACUUAAUGAUAUUAUUAUUUGUUAUCAAUAUGGUAAUACUAUGAAAGAUUGUGAUCCUGAAGGCGGAAAGAUUGUAUGGUUAGAAAAUUCAGGACAGAAAAAUGAUCAAAACUUAUGGACGUCACGUUAUAUUGGAAAAUCUAUAGCGAUGCAUAGACUUAAAGUUGGUCAUUUCACACAAACUGAACGAUGGGAAAUUAUAGGUCUUCCUAUUGUAGGCAAACCAUUUGAUUUACUUUCACCAGUACCAGUACUAUUAUUUCGUCAACCUGAUGAUGUAUUAAAUGCUAAAGAAUGGCCUUGUGAAAUAAUUAAUGAAGAUUUUUUUCAUCUAAUUCAUGAUGCAACAAGAUUUAAUGCUAAUCCAUUAGAUAAUCUUCUUAUUGCAUCACGAGAAGGUAUUAAUUGGCUUUACUUUGAUGAUAAAAUUCGAAAGUGGACAAUUGAAAAUAUUGGAGAAGGUGAACAAGGAGAAAAGCAACAGAUACCUUAUUAUGGUAGUGGAUGUGUGGAUGUAGGAAGAGUUGGAAAUGAUUCUUUGGCUUAUAUUGCUACUGUUGAACCUUUUCAUGGGAACGUUGUUGCCGUCUAUGUCAAAGAUAGUAACAAUAGUUUAAAGCAUAUUCAAUGGAAAAGAUAUGUCCUAGAUGUUUAUGGAUAUCCUAAUACACAUGGAGAAGGUCCAGCUCAUCAUGUCAUUUGUGCUGACUUUGAUAAAGAUGGAGACGAUGAGUUCUUAGUUGCACUUCGAGGACCAUUACCAAAUCAAGGUGUCUACUAUUAUAAACCUAUUGAUAUCUCUCGUGGUUUAUUUUCUAAAUGGAAAGUAAGUGAUGACUCAGCAGCUAGAAUUGCUGUUGCAGAUUUCAAUAAUAAUGGCCUUCUUGACUUUGCAACUAUUGGCUAUUAUGUUCCUGGCUAUUAUACAGCUGAAAAUCCUUCUAUUAAUAUUUAUUACAAUCGAUUUGGUAACAAAAAUGUACAAGACAUCAAGGAGAUACAAGUUACUAAGCAAAAUAAUGAACUUCUAUUCAAAGUUCCAAGACCACACAAAGCAUUACAAUACGAAAUGAUACCAUUUAUAGCGGUAGAAGAUAUAAGUUUAUCUUUAGAAGUGAUACCACCUAAUAGUUUGCGUCAAAUCGACAAGAAUACUUAUAUCAAAGUUCUUUAUGGAAUUAUAAUGUGGACAAAUUCUUCUAAAGAAUUAUCUCAAACUGUAAAUCAUUCGCGUACCUUUGUCUGCCAACCAAAAACUGUUUCAUCUCUUGCCAUAUGCAGUAAUGAGAAUGCAAUAACAACUGGAAAUGAAGGUGCACUUUUGAUUGUAUUGAAAAUGAAUGAAACCAUGGAUAUUAUUCAUCGAUUCGAUUCUAUUGAAAAAGUUACUAUUGAGAACGUCUUACCAGAAUAUUGUUCUGAAGAAACUCGUAAACUUAGUUUUCAAUUUACUCAAUCUGAUAAACAUGAUUUGGGAAAGGAAAAAUUCAAAGGUCAUGAAUUCUAUAAUAUGAAAGGUUUUGAUAUUAAAUUUGCUGACAAUGAUGAACAUCUUUGUUAUAUUCAACUAUGGGCUGCGAAACAAGGUACAAACUGUGUAAUGCACAACUAUUCUGACGCUUUCUUCUGUGAAGUUAAUGCUUGUAUUGUCAAUAGUACUGGAAAAGGUGGCAUGCAGUAUCUUAUCAACUCGAAAGAAAACUAUGACCCACUCAGCACGCUGAACUCACAAUUUCAGAAGUUAGAAGUACCUUCUCUUUAUGAACAUGGUCCUUUAUGGGAUAUUGAUGAACAAAAACAACCAGUUUUACGAAAAGAUGGUACUGUUGUAUAUCCGUGGCACAAAUGGCAAUCUGACACCAAUGAUUCAUCGGUUAAAUCAUUUGAUAUAUGGAUGGCUUUUCAAUUCAAUGCUCAUUUAUCAACAAUACCUUGA